UUGGAGUAAUAUUAAAUAUGAAAUAACAAACUUCCACUGGGAUUUUCAAAUAAAUGUCGUCUGGAGUAUUACGUACCAUUAGUAGUAUUGGCAGAGCAUACCUUAAGACAUACUACAACAACUGUCAACGUGUUGAAAGUGUACAUCGCAUACCCAAUUCAUUAUUUUCAAGUCAACCUGCUUGGGGAACGAAAAAAGUUAACAGAAAAAUAGUUCUUAAAUCAAUUGACAAGAUGAUGUCUCCCGAAGCCGAAGCUAUAGUUGCUCCACUUAGAGAGAAAGUCCUGGAACAAGGCAAUCUAGUGAGAAGUCUUAAGGCUAAUAAUGCUCCAGAAUUGGAUGUUAAAAAAGCUGUAGCUGAACUAAAAGCCAGGAAGAAGGUUCUUGAAGACAAGGAGUUGGAAUUAAUGUCCAAUGUAGUUACAUUUGAUCGUUCUAAAAUGGAAGACUUACUCAAGAGGCGGUUCUUCUAUGAUCAAAGUUUUGCAAUUUAUGGAGGCAUCACGGGACAAUUCGACUAUGGCCCAAUGGGAUGUGCACUUAAAUCAAACAUCCUUAACUCAUGGAGGCAAUUUUUCGUUCUCGAAGACCAAAUGCUUGAAGUAGAUUGUUCCAUUCUGACCCCUGAGCCUGUUCUUAAAGCAUCAGGACAUGUUGAACGUUUUGCUGAUCUUAUGGUUAAGGAUCUUAAAAACGGCGAAUGCUUCCGUCUAGACCAUCUUAUAAAACAUUUUUUGGAGAAAUUAGCUUCAGAAAAAAGUUCCACUGCUGAAAUAAAAGCAACUUGUGAGGAUAUAAUUAUUAAGCUUGAUGGCAUGUCUAAAGAUGAAAUGAGGGAUAUUCUUCGAAAGUACAAUAUGAAAUCUCCAAUAACCGGAAAUGAUCUCACUGAUCCAAUAGAGUUUAAUCUCAUGUUUGCAACACAAAUUGGACCAACAGGACUUAUUAAAGGUUUCCUCCGUCCAGAAACAGCACAAGGUAUUUUUGUUAAUUUCAAACGUUUGUUGGAAUUUAAUCAAGGAAAACUUCCAUUUGCUGCUGCACAAAUUGGUAACGCAUUUAGAAAUGAAAUUUCUCCUAGAUCUGGUUUAAUUCGUGUAAGAGAAUUUACAAUGGCUGAAAUUGAACAUUUUUGUGAUCCAUCACAAAAAGAUCAUCCCAAAUUUGUGAAUGUAAAAGAUACUAAAAUGACUCUAUAUUCCGCAUGUAAUCAAAUGGAUGGUAAAAGUGCAACACAAUUAACAAUUGGUGAAGCUGUUAGUUCAGGACUUGUAGCUAACGAGACACUAGGAUAUUACCUUGCUCGAAUCCACCAAUUUCUAACAUCCAUCGGAAUCAAUGACCAAUGUCUUCGGUUUAGACAACACAUGGCUAAUGAAAUGGCUCAUUAUGCCUGUGACUGUUGGGAUGCUGAAUGCCUUACAAGUUACGGAUGGAUUGAAUGCGUUGGCUGUGCCGAUCGAUCAGCUUAUGAUUUAAAACAGCAUAUGGGUGCAACCGGAGUUCGAUUAGUAGCCGAAAAACGUUUGCCUGAACCGAAAGAAGUUCAAGUGACCGAAAUUGCUACAAACAAGCAGGUUCUUGGAAAAACAUUUAAGAAAGAUGCAAAAUCAAUAACAGAAGCAUUGGCUAACCUUUCAAUUGAUGAAAUUGAAGACGUAGAAAAAAAUCUAAAUGAAAAUCAAAUGUAUAACCUCUCUUUAAAUGGAAAUGAAUACAAACUAACUUCUGAUAAUAUUUCUGUUAAACGAUCUAAAAAAACUGUUCACGUUGAAGAGAUAACACCAAAUGUUAUUGAGCCGUCUUUCGGAAUUGGGCGCAUUUUGUAUUCGUUGCUUGAACAAAACUUUAAAUGCCGCGAGGCUGACGAACAACGUUGCUAUUUCUCACUACCAGCAGUUGUUGCACCUUUAAAAUGUUGUAUACUCCCACUGAGCAACAAUGCCGAAUUUAUGCCAUUUAUUAAUCAAUUGUCAUCUGCUCUCACUAAAUCAGAUAUAUCCCAUAAAGUAGAUGAUUCAAGUGGAUCCAUAGGAAGACGGUAUGCUCGAACUGACGAGAUUGCUAUUCCAUACGGUAUAACUAUUGAUUUUGAUACCCUCAAGGAGCCACAUAGUAUCACUUUGCGUGAGCGAGAUUCAAUGAACCAGAUAAGAAUUCCGAUAAAAGAAGUUGCCGAAGUAGUUAGAUCUCUAUCAAUUGGUCAACAAACAUGGAAUGAUUUGCUCCAAAAGUACCCACUGUUUGAACAACAAAAUGCAGAAAAGUAAUAUGGAACAUUGCUUGAAUCACGCAGAAUAAACAAACGCUUGGGAUAAACAAAUUGCAAUCCGAUUUAAACUUGAAGCAUUUUCUUACGCUUGUAUAAGAAUAAAAUAAAAGUGUAUUCACAUUGA